UGUGUGCACAAUGACUCAAUGAGAGGAAGCCGAACAAGGAGAAGGAGGAAGAACGUCGGCACGGAGCAGUCAAACCCAAGCAGAGCACGUCCUCCAUCCUCGGUGUCUGGUUCUAGUUCUGGUUGUCCCACCUCACCUGGGCGGUCUGAGCUCAACUCCUUCCUUGUGUGUCCACUUCCUGGAGGAGGCAGCGCUCCUGCAUCUCUGAGCAGGAUGCCUGCUCGGACAAGCAGGAAUGCAAGGAGGUCAAUGGGAUGUGGGUGGCCGUCCCCCUCGCUGGUGGUGGUGGUGGUGAUGGUGAUGGUGUUGGGGCGCCUGGGUGGCGCGCGGGCCUGCCCGCCUCCCUGCAGCUGCCUGGGGAACACGGUGGACUGCCACGGCCUCGGGAUCCACGCUGUGCCCAGAAACAUUCCCCGGGGAGCUGAAAGGCUGGAUCUGAACGGGAACAAUCUGACCAUCAUCACCAAGUCUGACUUUUCCGGCCUCAAGCAUCUGCGAGUACUUCACCUGAUGGAGAACCAAAUCCGAGAGGUGGAGCGAGGAGCUUUGGAUGAGCUGAAGGAUCUGGAACGACUUCGCCUCAACAGGAAUCGUCUGAUGCAAAUUCCGGAGCUUCUGUUCCAGAAGAAUGAAGCUUUGUCACGACUUGACCUCAGCGAAAACUCCAUCCAGGCCAUUCCCAGGAGAGCCUUCAGAGGAGCUGCAGACCUAAAAAAUCUCCAGCUGGACAAGAAUCGCAUCAGUUGCAUCGAGGAGGGAGCAUUCAGAGCACUGCGAUCUCUGGAAGUACUGACACUGAAUAACAACAACAUCAGCAGCAUUCCAGUCUCCAGUUUCAACAACAUGCCCAAACUUCGCACUUUUCGCCUUCACUCCAACUCUCUGCGCUGCGACUGUCACCUGGCCUGGUUAUCUCCGUGGCUGCGCCAGCGCCCUGCGUUAGGCCUUUACACCCAGUGCAGCGCCCCGCCCGCCCUCCGGGGCCUCAACCUGGCCGAGCUGCGCAAGAGCGACUUGGCCUGCUCAGGCCACGGCGGCAGCGCCUUCGUGCAGCCGUGCAGCCUGGCGUCGGGCUCGUGUCCGCCCAUGUGCUCGUGCAGCAACAACAUCGUGGACUGCCGGGGACGAGGCCUCACCGCUAUCCCCGCACACCUCCUCGAGGCCAUGACAGAGAUUCGUCUGGAGCAGAAUGGCAUCAAGUCGGUUCCUCCUGGUGCCUUCACCUCCUACAAGAAGCUUCGAAGAAUAGACCUGAGUAACAACCAAAUAUCAGAGAUUGCUCCGGAUGCUUUUCACGGCCUCAAAGGCCUCAACUCCUUAGUUUUGUACGGCAACAAGAUAACGGAACUUCCCGCCGGCGUGUUUGACGGCCUCGUCUCACUGGAGCUGCUGUUGCUGAACGCCAACAAGAUCCACUGCGUGCGAGUGUCGGCCUUCAAGGAUCUGGAGAACUUGGCGCUGCUGUCGUUGUACGACAACAAGAUCCAAAGUUUGGCCAAAGGAACCUUCAGCUCGCUGCACGGCAUCCAAACACUGCACCUGGCCCAGAACCCUUUCGUGUGCGACUGCAACGUCAAGUGGCUCGCCGACUUCCUCCGCGCCAACCCCAUCGAGACCAGCGGGGCGCGGUGUGCCAGCCCGCGACGACUCGCCAACAAACGCAUCGCGCAGAUUAAAAGCAGCAAGUUCCGAUGCUCCGCCAAGGAACAAUACCACAUCCCAGGUGCCGAGGACCGCCGCCUGAGCUCCGGGUGCAACAGCAAGCCGGCGUGUCCUAGCAAGUGUCGCUGCGAGGCCAACGUGGUGGACUGCUCAAACCUGAGACUCACCAAAUUCCCCCAACACUUACCGCCCGCCACCGAGGAACUGCGUCUCAACAACAACGACCUCUCCCUGCUGGAGGCCACAGGCGCCUUCAAGGGCCUGUCGCAGCUCAAGAAAAUAAACCUGAGCAACAACAAGAUCACCGAUAUCGAGGACGGCGCGUUCGAGGGCGCCGCUGCGGUGACCGAGCUCCACCUGACCGCCAACCACCUGGAGGCGGUGCGAGGGGGCAUGUUCAGAGGGAUGGAUGCCCUACGCAUGCUGAUGUUGAGGAACAACAAGAUCCGCUGCCUGCACAACGGCAGCUUCACGGGCCUAAGCAACGUUCGUCUGCUGUCGCUCUACGACAAUCAGCUGAGUGCCAUCCUGCCCGGAACCUUUGACGCGUUACCCAACCUCUCUACCUUGAACCUGCUGGCCAACCCUUUCAACUGCGACUGCCGCCUGGGCUGGUUGGGCUCCUGGCUAAGGAGUCGGCGCAUCGUGACGGGAAACCCGCGCUGCCAAGGUCCCGCUUUCCUACGCGAGAUCCCGCUGCAGGACGUGGCGGCGCCCGACUUCCGCUGCGAGGACGGUUCUCUUUCAGAGUCCACCAGCUGCUCUUUGGGCCCGCAGUGUCCCAGUGGUUGCACGUGCAUGGACACAGUGGUGCGCUGCAGCAACAAGCAUUUGCAGGCUCUGCCCAGAGGACUUCCUCCAAACCUCACCGAACUAUAUCUGGAUGGGAACCAGUUCACACGAGUACCCAGCCAGCUCAGCAACUUCAGGAACCUGCAGCUCAUAGAUUUGAGCAACAACAAAAUCAGCUCGCUGUCCGACGACUCCUUCGCCAACAUGAGCCAACUCACCACCCUGAUCCUGAGUUACAAUUCUUUACGUUGUAUUCCUCCUCUGGCGCUGGGAGGCCUGAGAUCACUGAGGCUUCUAUCUCUGCACGGUAACGACAUCUCUGAGCUGCAACAUGGAAUCUUCAACGACGUCACAUCGCUCUCGCACCUCGCCAUCGGCUCCAACCCGUUGUACUGCGACUGCCGCCUGCUGUGGUUGUCCGAGUGGCUGAAGAGCGGCUACAAGGAGCCGGGCAUCGCGCGCUGUGGCGGACCGCCCGCCAUGGAGGGCAAACUCCUGCUCACCACGCCCCCCGAACACUUCCUGUGCCAGGGUACGGUUGAGGCCAGCGUGGUGGUCAAGUGCAACCCAUGCGCUUCGUCGCCUUGCCACAACCGAGGCCUCUGCCAACACUCGCCCUCGCAGCCGUACACCUGCACCUGCAACCGCGGAUUCAUGGGCCAACAUUGUGAAUCUCCAGUGGACGCAUGUGUCAGUAAUCCCUGCAUCAAUGGAGGAACUUGUCUCAGUGACGAGCAGACGAGCGGCUUCAGUUGUGCGUGUGCAUUGGGCUUCCACGGCGUCUACUGCGAGGUCAACGCCGACGACUGCCAAGACCACGGCUGUGAGAGCGGCGCCACCUGCGUGGACGGCGUGGGCAACUACACCUGCCUGUGCCCCCCCGGACGAGACGGUCUCUUUUGCCAGGAAGAGCGGGACAUUUGCGUGCCGGCCAGGAACCCCUGCAAGCAUCAGGCCACCUGUGUCAGCACACCCACUGGACACAGGUGCGUGUGCAUCCCGGGUUGGGUCGGUCCGGACUGCAGCCUGGACUACGACGAGUGUGCGGACCACCGCUGUCAGAAUGCGGCUCAGUGCGUCGACCGCCUGGACGGAUACACUUGUGUGUGCCCGCACGGAUACACGGGCGAUUUUUGCGAGGUGUCGCCGCCUCCCGAGUUGCCCUGCCAGCUGGGGCGCUGCCAGAAUGGUGCCCUCUGUGUGGAAAAGGCGGGCGUGGCGCUGUGCCAGUGUCUGGUGGGCUUCGAGGGUCUCAGCUGCGAGAAGUUGGUCGCCGUCAAUUUUGUCAACAGAGACUCUUACGUUCAACUGCACGACGUCAAGAACCUCCCCCAAGCCAACAUCACCAUGCAGGUGUCUACGGGGGAUGAAAACGGCAUUUUGCUUUUUAACGGAGAUAAGGAACCAAUCGCUGUGGAGCUUCAUCAAGGUCACGUCAGGGUCACCUACGACCCCGGGAACCAGCCCGCCACCGCCAUCUACAGCUCGGAGACGGUGAACGACGGUCUGUUCCACACGGUGGAGCUGCUGACCUUUGAGCGGACGCUCAACUUGUCGGUGGACGGAGGUCAGCCGGCCACGCUGGACGGACGUGGACGCCGACAGGUCGCCACGACGGACGCGCCGCUCUAUGUGGGAGGCCUUCCUGAGGAGGUCGUACCAGCCUCCUUGUCUCUGUCCUCUCACGCCAUCAACACGUCGGGUUUCCACGGCUGCAUCCGGAACCUUUACAUCAACCACGAACUUCAGGACUUCACGCGCGGGCACAUGCAGGCGGGCGUGCUGCCAGGCUGCCACGCCUGCCGCAAGCUCCUGUGCGCGCAUGGCCUCUGCCAGCCCGGAGGAGGCGCCCGGGGAGUACAGUGUGUGUGCCACUCUGGGUGGGCGGGGCCACACUGUGACCAGCCAAUCGCAGAAGGGCUGGACGGCGGAGGGGACGUGGCAGCGCUAGGGUCAGCGUGUUCCGGCAUUCCCGUCCGCGAUUACCACCGCCUACAGCGGGGGGCGGUCUUCUGCCGGACCCCCAAGACCUUCUCCUGGGUGGAGUGCCACGGGCCGCUGCCAGCCAGAGGGAGGGGUCUCGCCGGGGGACUCCGCCACCCCUUCCUGCUGCGCCCCCCUGAGGCUGCGCCGACGCCGAAUCAACUUCCUGUGCGACGACGGAACCUCUUUGACGCAAGAUGUGGAGAAGCCAAUAGAGUGUGGAUGCAAGAUGUGUGUAUAAUACACACACACACACACACAUUGAUGGACAAACUGAUUUGUUUUUUUUUUUUCGACUUGAAAACAAGUCAACCUCCGUGUUGUCGCGCAAUAAUUAGCUCGUUACACACACACAAUACACACAAGGCCCACAUGUGAAAAUAACAAUAACUCUAUAUUGUGUCUGUUGUUAACAAAAAAACACUUUAGGUUUAUUCAGGACUCUGAAUUGUUUGUUGUCAGCUUGUUGAAGAUUAGUUUUGAUGUUAACGAGCACACACACGAUAGCUUCAUUCAAGACUUGAAACUGUGUUUGAGUUAACAAAAAUCGUACAUUAGGUUCGUUCAAGAUUGAAUUAUCUUUGAUGUUAAUGAAAGCGUCUACAUUGAUUAGAAGCUCCAAAUUGUGUUUGUUUUGCAAAAACAGGUCUGUUGAAGGUUUUAAACAGUCUUUGAUAUGAACAAAAACACAUACGUUGGGUCAUUGAAGACAACUGUCUUAGACGUGAACCAAGCAUGUACAUUUCGUUGAUCAAAGACUAAAGUGUCUCAGAUGUUAAUGAAAAAACGCACAUUAGAUUUGUUCGAGACAAAAGUAUCUUUGAUGUUCAUGAAAAAGUAUACAUUCAUUCGAAACUCCAAAUUGUCUUUGUUUUAGGAAAACAGGACCGUUGAAGAUUUGAAACUGUCUUUGAUGUAAACGAAAACAUGUUUAAGACGACUUUGUCUGCAAUGUUUAAAAAGUAAACGCUUACGCUACUUUUAUCGGAGGCUCCAAACUGUCUUUGACGUUCACAGAAACAGGUAUGAUAGGUUUAUUGAAAACUUCAUUGUCUUUGAUGUUUACAAAAACAUGUCAGAUUCAUUGAAGUCGUGAAAUUGUCUUUGAUGUUUGUAUUUUUGUAAGCUGAGCAUGAGCUGCCCUACUGAUAACCAUGAAAAACCAAAUCACCGAGUCACUCAAAGACACACAAUAGCGCCUGUGUGCGUGUCUUUGAUGUUUUUUAAGACUGAAACGCCUCCUCUGCGAUGUGAUUAGAGGAGUCAGUAAAGGCGUCACAUGAUCAAUAAAUGUAGCUUUAAAAAUAUUAUUUAUACCAAUGGGAUCUAUUAACUUUUUCAGAUUGUUUUGAUUUUGACUUUUGUGUACUCUAACAUAGCUUUUGUCAACUAUGAACACACACAAACAAUAACAAGCUAACAGAUUGUAAAAUAAUAUAUAAGAUGUGCUCAUGGUAUUUUUAUAUACGUUGACUGUAUUUUAGUUUUCUUCUCUGGAUUAAUUUAUUGGAAUAAAGAGCAGCUGCUUCUU